AUGCCCUGGCGUCACCCCAACCUCCGAGCCCAGCAGGUGGCGCCCAAGGGGUUCCCUGGCGAGGGCGCGCGCCGAAGGAGAGACCCGGGGCUGCCAGGGCCGCCGCCUCCGCCUCCGCCUCCGCGUGACCUCCGAUCCGUGCCUGGCGCGUGGAGAUCUCGGGGCUCGAGGGCCUCGAGGGGCAGCCCCGAGUGGUGGCCGGCCUCCAGUGUCGAGUCCUCGCACACAGAGCCAGGGGUGGACGUCUGGCGUUCCGGGCUGCGCCUGCCCCCUCUGCUCACCAUGAGCCCGCGGGCGGCGCGGAGCCGGACGGGGCUGAGGUCGCUGCUGCUGUCGCCCCCGCACCCCAGGCCUGAAGAGUGCGAGGACUCCUGGAGGGGCUCGGCCAGGAAGACCUCGGGCUCCUUGGGCUCCCUCAUCGGAGAGUUCCUCCCUCGAAGGUUCCGGGAGUUCCUGAGCCAGCUCGGUGCGGAGUGGGUUGAGCAGCCGCCGCCGCCGAGUGAGGCCCUUGCCGGGUCCCCAGGGGGCUGCGCAACGGGGCUGAGUUGUUUCCAGUGGGGAGCCCCCCCCCCCCCCUUCCCAAGAAUGAUGCUAACAUUAGUUGAGUUCCUGGCAGAACCUGCGGUGAGUGUCAGGGGCCUGCUAGGGCAGGGGACAGGGUUGUCAUCGAUGCUCCAAGGGUGGGGACCCUGGCCACUCAUGCCGGAUGUGGCCUAUUUGUCUUCAAGGGGCCGGUCAUUGAACUUCCAGAAUAGUCUUAAGAAGAGUUCGCUUGAUCAGAUACCUACCCUGGGGCUGCUGAGGAGAGAUCAAGAAGCCACCAAGGUCAAAAAGGCCGACAGGCCCCACGGUCUCCAGGCGCCCAAGCUCAAGGCCGAGCUCACCCACAGCUCCUCGGAGGAAGGCUCAGGGCACCACAGGAGGUGCAGUCCCUUCCGAGUGCGGUUCGCUGACGAGACCGUAUGGGACACGGCGUUGCGCUACUGGGAGCGCAGCCGGGCACGUAAGCAGUUGGGGCGGGGAGCCCCACACUCCACAGAGCCCCAGCCUGUAGCUGGGAGAGCGGACCCUGCGGCCCUGGGUGCUGGGAGGGAGGCACCGGCCCGCAGAGGCCGAAAGGCCGCUGAGCCCUCAAAGGAGGCACCUGACCUGGCCCCUCCGGAGGAUGUCAGGGUGGCCUUCGAGGACGAAGUUGAGGGUCCGAGGUCCGGUAGAAGUGUCCCAAAGCAGGUGGCACCAGGCCGCAGCCACAGCAUGGGACCAGGACACCACGGCUGCCCAGAACUUGCUGGACGCCCCUGGGUUCUCACAGGCCGCAUCUGCCCACCUCAGAACCGCGCCCACAGCCUGCCGACCCGGAUCCGGCUCCCCGCGUGGCUUGCAGGGGCUGGUGGCGUCCAGCAGGGCAUCACCGGGACCAGGCCAGCCACCCCGUCGGAGGCGGCAUUGGAGCGUGCGUUUGGGAGCGUCGGGAGAUGGGUGGAGAGUUUGCCCAGCGGAGCCCUGGACUUCCAGGCCAAGGAGGAGGCCGCGGCCAGCUCCCCGUUCCGCUGGGACAACCCCAGCCUGCCCAUCCCGGAGCUGGAAGACUACCUCUUUGAGGACACCUCUAUGAACAGAAGCGUGCCCUACAUCCCCAGGGCCAGCACCCAGCGGCAGCAAAGAGACCGCAAAAGCUUUCUGGGUGCCCACAGCAUUCUCGACCCGGUGGGCAAACCGCCCUGCUCCUGGAGCCAGAAACUGGAGUCCUUCCUGCCCAGCCUGGAGCUGCACAGGUUCCUGAACCGAGGCCGCCCGAAGGGGUACCAGCUCCUCCUGCCCUCAGUGACACGGCAGCAGGCUCAGCGAUGAAAGGCUUCCGGAGCCGAGCCCAGGUGUGGACGGGGGCCAGGGGUGAGGACAGGCCGGCCUUGGCCCACAAAUAAAUGUGCAUCCCAGGUGCCUGGAACCUGCUGCCAGGUCUCACCCUCCAAGCCUC